AUGACGUUUGAUUCCCUUGGUUCACCCCACAAGGCUGUGGGUAACACCCUCAGGCGUUGGCUAGAGUUUGAGGCGAGAGACAAGCUCAGUAUCUCGCAUGACAUGACCCCUGCCCACUACGUCGACGUCAAGGUUCCUCAGCAACCCAACUUUUCCGACUGCGGCGUCUUUCUCAUCCAUUACGUCCACAUGCUUCUGAAGAAUCCAGAAGGCACCCUGGGGUUUGCAGGAGUGAGUCUCGAGGCCCAUCGUGACUUGCAGCUGACCAGGCAGAAAGUGCCGCCCAAGCCCAGUGCCCCCGAGAGGCAGGCAUGGACGAUCGAGCGCGACAAGGUCUGGGCGCAGAACAAGACCGCGGAGCUCCGCACCGAUUGGGCGUUCACUAUCGACGACCUCACUGCCAAGUACGUGAGCAAGCAAGAAGCAUUGGGUGCGGCAUCCAAGGAGUCGGUCCCCGAGGUUCCAGGCUCGCAGGCCUCUGUAGUUGUCACUUCGCCGGUUAAAGGUAGCCCACCGCCACCGGCACUUGACGACCUCGACACUGCCGAUGAGCCACCAUCCAUUGCGGACAUUUCGCAACACCACCUGUUAAAGAUGUCCCCGCCCCGCCCCAAGCACAACACCCAGCCACUUGCGGUGCUCUCCGAUUCCGAGUCAGAAGAAGAACCAGUGACAGUCGAGGACAGUGUUCCCGAUACUGUCGUUGCUGAAUUGGCACAUGAGAUUCCGAUCGACGUCUUGAACGACCCACUUGCUCGUGCCGAGGCUGGGACCUUUUCGGAAGGCAAUUGCAACUCGGACUCGGAUGUCGCAAUCGACAUUGCUGGCAAGAUUGAAGAGUCGAAGAAGGCAGCACAGAACGAGGAUCGAGAGAAGACCAGGCCUCAUCUCAAGAGAGGUAUCCCUUCCACCUUCCAGGUGACCACGCCGCACGAGUUAAUGUCUCAACGGAAGCACCACGCGUCAUCGCCUCGGCCCAAGCAAGCGGCAUCACCUAGGCCAGACCCGGCAUCCGACCCCGCCGGCCCGUCUGCCCCCAUUCCGCCUUCGCCUUUUGCCGGCUUGGGUCGCAACGAUAGUCCUUCCCACCCGACUGCACCAGUUCGACGCGAGAAGGGGCGUAACAGCCUGGGCAAGAUGCAGCAUCACUCUCGUCACCACGCACCAGCAACAGUCGAGUCUCGCAGCCCAUCAAGCCCUCAAUCGACUUCACUUCCUGAGAGCUCCCGCCACAGCUCUGCGUCGGGCGACUCCAAGGGUGAACCAGACCAGAGCAACGUCGGGCCGACUCACGUUGAGCCCACCAUUGCUGAAGAGCCCACCAUUGCUGAAGAUGUCGCUUCCCCGCGCCAAGAUGAGGGCGACGGGAGCAACUUGUUGAACUCGCACUCUGACGACGAGCAAGGCAAACGAGGCAAGCGUCCGAUGACCCCAGCCCGUCAGCAGGCGGAUACCAGCAACGCGAGCCUCAACGACUUGUUCUCCUCCCCACCCGGCACGGGAGUCAAAUCCGCUCCCCAGUCCCCGACCAAGUCCCACUCGCAACGCUCCCCACGCGUGACUCGUACCAAGGCGCGUUCAAUCGAUGACACCGACGAUUAUGCCGAUGACGAGUAUGUGCCCCCAAAGCCCUCGGUCAAGAAGAAGUCCAUGGCCCGCAAGUCGACAGGCAACCAUCCACCUACCGCCCCUAAGACCAGUGUGCGUGGCCCUGAGGCCGAGGCCACCAAGGCUGGCAGCAGUAAUCGCACCGACUCCAAGACCUACAGCAGCAGGAUCAAGCGACCAGCCGGUGCCCACGAGGACGCGCCAAAGGAAAAGAAGGUGAAGAGGCCUGGUGGCCGUUCGCUCCCUGCGGGUGGCCAGAAGAAUGAGGGCAGCACGCGUGAGAGCGCCAUUAGUCUGGACUCGGACUAG